CAGCUGAGGCUCACCUACAUGUGUCCAUGCCUGUCCUCUGGUCCCCUCCUCACUGGCUGAAGACAGGACUACAGUGCGUUUGGUUGCGCGGCGCUGGAGGCAGGAAGGUGCGGAGAACCAGAGAGAGGACAGGACUUCCCAAAAACACAACAAAAGGAUUUUAGGACCUAUUUGCCCGUCAUUCAAAGCUCCUGCUCUGUCUAGGCUGGGCAAGAGAGCAGCAAACACCUGCAGGGCCUCAUCAGCGCCCCAGCCCUUCCUUACUGCAGCAUGGGCAACUUCUCCAGCAAGGACGGCCAUGGACCCACAGGAGCCCAUGUGGAUAUUUUCCACACUCCUCCUACCUCUCCAGUCAACGAUGUGGCCAGCGUCCCUCACCUUCUACAACCCAGUCCACCCCAACCUUCCCCCGCCGUCACAGUUUUAGCCCCAGUCCCAGUCUUAACAUCCACUGGAAAGAAAUCACAACCCAGCAAGACCCCUGCGACACACACUGCUCCUCCUGAUUGGAAGCCCCCUCCGCCCGUCACCUCAAACAGCUCUGCGAUUGGGCCUGGAGUGAGCCCGGUACAGAGCAACCCAGGCAGUCCUGCAGCAUCCAUAGGACAGGUUGCUAUUGGGCGGAAUGGGGGUCCCUCUACCUCCAGUCCCAGGACGCCGGUUUCCCCAGGAAACAGUGUGGCCGUCAGCCCGACAACGAGCCCUUCACCCCAGGAGAGCUCAUCACCUGUGGCCAGCUCCUCUCGGCUGAGCUGGAAGGAGAGGGACAGCGGCCUCAGUCAGUCUCUGCUGCCGAGUAACGAGGCUGGCGGCGAGAGUCGGGAGAGGAGAUGGAGAGACUGUUGGAGGAGUGUAGGACAACACUGGGCAUCACUAGCAGUCAGGAUGAACCCACGACUACAGCCGAAAUACUGAAGCACCUGCUGACAGAAGUGAAGAGUUUGAGGAGUACAUUGGAGACAGAGCGGGGUGAGUGGCUGCAGUUCCAGGCUGACCUGCAGGUGGCGGUCGCCGUGGCGGACCGCCUGCGAGCUGAGGCAGAGGAAGAGUUGACGGCGCUCCGGACGGCCCACAAGGACGUUGAGAGGGAGCUGGUCGCUGCCCAGCAGAGGCAGAAGGAGGCCGAUGUGCAACUGGUCACUCUGAGGGGGGAGCUGAAGGAGAGCAGGCUGAGGCUGGCUGCUCUCACCGAGGCUCAGGGCAAAACUGACAUCCAGGCUCCAACUCAGGCACCCGAGAGGCCCCGCGCCGAAACCACCAACUCCAACAGCUGGGACGGAAGCCAGAGGGGCAGGGAGAGGGGGUCACACAGGUUGGGACGAGAGGGGACGGAAAGUGAGAGUCAGAAUGAAGGAGUGAAGCUUGUUGUCCCGGAGGAGGCUAAAACAGACUCGAAGGGCGUGGCCAAGCGGUAUCUGAGAAAUGUGACCAAUGAGGAUAGGAGUGGUGAGGAGGCUCGGGCCAAUGAGACACGGAGGACGAUAACGACGGAGAGGUCAAGGAGCCUGUCCAGACUCCCCAUGUCCUCAGACUCCCCCGCUGUGCAGAAUGGGACCUCCCAGUCCAACACAGGCACAACAGCUGCAUCUACAAACAAGAACUUUGGCCAGGUCAGAGGGCGAAGAAACCUGGAUUGGCAAGACAGCAGGUCAAGCACUGACACAGGGAAACGAGAAGAGUCCCUCAACAAAUACAACUCUGCUCUGACUGAGCUUCCUCCCACUAAAUCCCAGGAUGGUUUCAACCUGCUGCUGCGUCGCCAUGGAGGCUCGAAGAGGAACUCGCUGCUCCGCUGGUGUCAGAGCCGAACUCAAGGCUACAAGAACAUUGAAAUCACCAACUUCAGCAGCAGCUCUGAUGGUCUGGCAUUUUGUGCUGUCUACCACACCUACCUCCCCUCACACAUCCCUUACUGCACCCUUAGCCCAGAGAGCAAGAGGGAGAAUCUCAGUCUGGCGUUCACAGGAGAGAAUGUUGGGAUUGCACAAUCACUGACAGUGGAGGAGAUGCUGAGAGCUGGUGGUCCUGACUGGCAAAGGGUCCUGAGCUAUGUGGAGAGCAUGUACCGUCACUUUGAGAUGUGACUACUGGAGGCACAGGCGAAUAAUCAGGACUCAGCAAAAUAAACACUAUCAGUAGCCUAGCAUGACGGCUCCCUCAGUACCAGCUUUCUAUACAUUUGCGGGAUGUCUGAGAUUUUAAGAGACCAAUGUUCUGCUGCUUGUGCAGUCUUAGCAGCUGUGGCAGCGUAUUUAAAAAAUGCAGGACUGUCACUGACAAGGCCACCGAUGGCCGUUCAGAAUAUCAGGAUUUGUUACAGCAGCGCCCCUUUGAGCAAAGUACUGUAUGUGCAGGUUGAGUUGCUGUAAAUGUCUCCACACUGGUACUUCCCUGGCAGAAAGUACUGUAUUACAUCAUGUCCUUGACCAAACUGUGAGCAGUCCCCCAACUGUGCAUCAAGCUUAUCUGCCAGUUCGCUGUGCCUUUAACUCCUCUGUGAUCUGUUGCAAAGAUUAUCAUGGUUUCUGGGCCCAUUUUAGCACUCUGUAAAUAUGCACUUUUGUCAGCACUUUGUUCAUGUAAUAUAGGAGGAUGUCUAGAUAUUAUAGAGCUGCUGUAGUCUUCUGUGGUCUCAGAGGGCAUUUUAGUAGCAAGACUGCAGUUCAGCAGGCAUUGUGUAUGAAAAUCUGUCUGAGAACAAGUUUCUUAUCUUGUAAUUAAAGUUGGAGUAGCAGUGAGGGCUUUUCAUGGAAAAUACAGGUACGAACAGACCUGUGUCAAACCGAUAGCACCCUCCACCUUUUUACAAGUGGGCUAGACGUUGCAUUACUAGGAAGCAAAGAGCAACAAUAUACAGUAUAUUCAUGUUUGCAGAACCAGUUUCAGUGCCUUUUAGCAUCUCAUUAGGGCGAAUCCAGUGCAUUUAUCAUCACUGACAGGCCCCCAGACUCCAGCAGCACUGACACACACACUGCCCGGCUCUCAUAAAGGAGCUCUGCCUAGGGCGACUAAUAAAUGAUAUUAAUAAGACAGGUUCAAAUCUCAGUUUGUACUGUGUCGUGCCAAAGACCUAUUGCCAAAUAUUGGAGGCUUUUUGUUGAAUAUGAUAAUUGUAAAACAUGUUUAUAUGUAACUAGUGUGAAGAUGAAUUGAUACCAAAGAAAUAAAAUGUUGAUUGUGGAACA